ACAGUAUUAUGACAUCACCGGACAUAGUUGGGAGGCCGAUCAACAGGAAACGGGCCCAACGAUUAACUCGUAAACGCUCGACUGGUGCGAACGUGCCUGUUUCGGCUUGAACAAUAUAAUCAUCAUCAUUAUCCGUAUCCCUAGACACUACUCAACAUGCUAGUGGUACCAUUUUACAUCAAACUGGCCCUGGGGUUCCUGUUGGCUGGAUUCGUGUUCCACCUAAUAGGGUUCGCCACGCCCUACUGGACAGCGUACGAUACGUUUUCAGGCAGCGUCAACAACGGCCUCUGGACUUUAUGCUGGGACACACGGGUGGGGCGCACGUGCAACUCAUAUUCAGCCAACACUGCCAUCAGCGCUGCCCGGGCCUUUGAGGUACUGGCCUUCCUGAUGUUUAUCGCUAUCGUUGUGCUAUUGUUCGUCUACCUGAGUACGUUAAGGACCAAUCUCCAGCUCGCCAGUGUCAUCUGUACAUUUAUCCUGGUUGCGUUCAUCGUUCUGGGUGCUAUAAUCUAUGCCUCGGAGAGGAGCAACCUUAGUUGGUCCUUCGCUCUCUGUAUCAUUGGUGCCAUCCUUGCCUUUAUUGCCGGCAUCCUUCUUAUCAUCUAUCGCAUGCGUGGAGUUACGAUGGUGACAGGUGGCGCUGCCACCACACGCACAACCAGGACCGUCACCACCACCGUAGUAGUUCGGUGAUGUCACUACCGGUAUUGUCAUUGUCCAGUUUAUGUUUUAAAGGUAGUGUAAUAAAAGUUCUCAUUGUUAAAAUUGAUCUACUUAAUACAUUGUAACGCCAUUGUUAAAAUGGAUCUACUUAAUAUAUUGUAACGUCAUUGUUAAAAUGGAUCUACUUAAUACAUUGUAACGUCUUUGUAAAUAUGGACCUACUUAAUACAUUGUAACGUCAUUGUUAGAAUGGAUCUACUUAAUACAUUGUAAAGUCAUUGGUAGAAUGUAUCUACUUAAUACAUUGUAACGUCAUUGUAAAUAUGGAUCUACUUAAUACAUUGUAACGUCAUUCUUAAAUAGAUCUACUUAAUACAUUGUAACAGCAUUGUUAAAUAGAUCUACUUAAUACAUUGUAACGCCAUUGUUAAAAUGGAUCUUCUUAAUAUAUUGUAACGUCAUUGUUAAAAUGGAUCUACUUAAUACAUUGUAAAGUCAUUGUUAGAAUAGAUCUACUUAAUACAUUGUAACGUCUUUGUUAAAAUGGAUCUACUUAAUACAUUGUAACGCCAUUGUCAAAAUGGAUCUACUUAAUAUAUUGUAACGUCAUUGUUAAAAUGGAUCUACCUAAUACAUUGUAACGUCAUUGUUAGAAUGAAUCUACUUAAUACAUUGUAACGUCAUUGUAAAUAUGGAUCUACUUAAUACAUUGUAACGUCAUUCUUAAAUAGAUCUACUUAAUACAUUGUAACGCCAUUGUUAAAAUGGAUCUACUUAAUACAUUGUAACGUCUUUGUUAAAAUGGAUCUACUUAAUACAUUGUAACAUCAUUGUUAAAAUGGAUCUACUUAAUACAUUGUAAUGUCAUUGUUAAAUAGAUCUACGUAAUACAUUGUAACAGCAUUGUUAAAUAGAUCUACUUAAUACAUUGUAACGCCAUUGUUAAAAUGGAUCUACUUAAUACAUUGUAACGUAAUUGUUAAAUAGAUCUACUUAAUACAUUGUAACGCCAUUGUUAAAAUGGAUCUACUUAAUACAUUGUAACGCCAUUGUUAAAAUGGAUCUACUUAAUACAUUAUAACGUCAUUGUAAAUAUGGAACUACUUAAUACAUUGUAACGUCAUUGUUACAAUGGAUCUACUUAAUACAUUGUAACGUCUUUGUUAAAAUGGAUCUAC